GGUUUUCUCGGCACUCUGGUUUCCUCCCACAUCCCAAAAACAUGCAUUAAUUGGAGACUCUAAAUUGCCCAUAGGUGUGAGUAUGAAUGGUUGUUUCUGUUGUUGUCCUGUUUAAAGAUGUGCCAAGUGACUGUGAUGUAAUCCUGUUAAUCUUUUGACCUCAUCCCUCAAAACUAAUGGAGUUUGUCGACUCUGUCACGGAUUACGCAUGUGUAACACUUCUUCACAGACCUGUUAGUGAUUUGUUCACUUAUUUUGUGAGCGGAAGCAAAACAGUUUUUUUUUUUUUAGAGUGGAUUGAAUAAUUUAGCCAGGUCUCACAUUUGCCUUAACAUUUUUUUAAAUUUCGUUCUUUUUACUAGCUUAAGUAAUUUAAUAAUUCAGUAAUUUCAGUAUUUUUUUACACUUUGAUGCAGUAAAUUGGAUUUUCACUCAGUACUUUCUUCAAAAUCAGUGAAAAUGAUGUCUAAGGCUCCAAGGUGGCCUGAGGUCCUUGUGAACACUAAGAUUCAUAAACCUACACAAAAGAAAGCAGGAAAGGAGGCAUCAUCAUUAACAGUGCCCGUAUCUAGUAGAAGUAAACAGGCUGGCAGCAGUGCAUCGAAAGCUACUUUAAAUGGUCGAAGGAGUAACAGCGUCAGCAGCAGCGAUGGAGACAGUAAGGCUGUUGCCACUUUGAAAAGAAGCAGCUACAAAGGUCGUGGGGGUCAUUGGGCUUCCAGGCCGUCAUCUCAUCCAACCAGACCUGCUCUGCAGCUCUGUAGCAGCCGGAGCUUUUCAUCCCUCCACACCUCCUCCCUCACUAAUGCCCCGUUCAUGAGGAACAGUCGCUCUCUCAACAGACUUGACCAGAGGGCAACCGGAGACGAAUCUGAUGUGGAUGCAAAGGCUCAGUUUAGGAAAAAAAAAGUCCUCGUUUCUGGAAAGCUGUCCUCUGAAGAGUCAGUCAGGAAUAACAAAGAGCGGUAUUGUGGCGAUAAGGAUGAAAAGACGGAAAUAAGCAGCUCAUCUGAAACGCUGGAAUCUUCUUCUUCUGAUCUUUCUAGCAGCGCAUGUCUUCAACCUGGUGGGAAAGUCAAGAAAGAGAAUAAAGAGGGAGGGUACUCUCCAGUGACUACUGGGACUGGACGCAAUUUUAUGCAAACAGUGUUGAAAAAUAUGAGGCCCACACCUGUUGCUGUAAGCAAUCAAUUAGUACUGAACGCUAGGGACGAUUCUGAAGUGGAGCAUCAAGAUAACCGCUUGCAAGAGAACACAUGCUGUGAAGGUGCAGAAGACUCAGAAAAACCAAAAGAAGUGAUCGAACUGCAGCAAACGAUGGAGGAAACUGCUGACAAAAGCUCUGUGUCAUCUCCCAGCCUGUCGCCCACCUCCUCACCCUGCACUGACUAUCCAUCUCCUAUCAGUCAAACACGGCAGCUGGAAGAUGACAAAGAGGGCUCUACAUAUUCACCAUCAUGUGUGAUGCCGUCAAAUGAACAAGAGCAUCGUCCUUGUGAGGCCGAAAGAGAGCAACUUGUCAAAGAGCUGGAGCAAACGCAGAAGGAAUUGUCUCUGCUUCAACAGUUAAGCAGCAACCUGCAAAAUGAGCUACAGCAGGAGAGGGAGAGUCAUUUAAGAGAAAAGAAUGAGCUUCUGUUCAAUUCUAACUCGUCAUCAGAGCCAGCUUCGACACUGCAGCGACUACAGAAGAUGAACCAUGAACUCCGUGUUGAGUUGGAAGCACAAAAAACAAUACAGGAGGAAGCCAGGGAAGCUGAACUACGUCAGAGAGUGGACCUCUUGGCUCAACAAGCACAGCUACUUGUGACAGGGGAUGCAACAGCGCUUGCUCAGGCCCAUCUAGAGCAAGAACGUAGAUGUUUCCACGGGCAGCGGGUGGAGUGGGAACGUUCUGUCAGCUCCUUGAAGACCCAGCUGAGCUUCAGUGAAGAAAAGAGGAAAGAGUCAGAGCUGCGCAUAACUCACCUGCAGGAGGAGUUGUACAGUCACCAGGCUGUCUGGAAGGAGGCUGAGGAGCUGAAGAAGACUCUCCAAGAGGCCACAACACAACUCCGCACCAAUGAGGAUGCACAAGCUCAAAAAGAAUCGCUCCUGCAGAAGCAUCUGAUGCUCCUUCGAGCUAGCCAAGACCGAGAACGGAAGAGUUUGACAGCCAGCUUGGCGCGGGCUGAGCAACAUUCGCAAGAACUUCAGGAGAGACUGGAAAGAACUGAGCAGCAAGUUGAGAGCCAAGAAAAGACACACAUGAGGAGUACGGACAUCGAAGACACCCAACAACAACUCCAAGAGGAGUUAGCUUCGUCAGUGGCUGCUGUGCAAAAGUAUCGAGAUGAAAAAGAACAAAUUGAGCGACAAUGUCAAGAGCUGCAGUAUCACUUGUCAGAGGCUCAUGAAGAGGUGAGCAUGCUGCAGAGUAGCUUGACAACACAAGAGACACACUACCAAGACCUUAAACAGUCAUAUGAGAGCAUCUCAGAGAAACUGCUGGAGGCUUUUGAGAAGGCGCAGCAAAGGGAAGCUGAAACUCAGGAAAUGCGUGACAGCUUUGAGAGGCACCUUGACACGAAGGAGCAAGAGCUGAAUGAGGUUUUGCUGAAGAUGGAGGUCUUAGGUAAUAGUCUGGAGGAGACGGAAGCACACCUCAAUGAGAUGCUCAAAGUUUGUACCUGUGCCUCUUCUCACGAGGAGGACGAGUCUUUGGAGGCAGUGCUGCACACUGAGGUGAUAGUGGAGCCCCAAUUCCCAAGUGACAGCAGGUCAGAGGAAAGAGACGUGUUUUCUAGCAGCCCGAAUGAUCUGAACACCCAUCAUCGCGCAAGAGUCCGGUCCCACUCACUUGGCCCAUCGCACCAGUACGUCAUCACUUCAGGAGAUGACCCGGAACGGUUUACAACGGUGAUCCAGUUACUUGAAACAAAGCUUUUCGUAACAGAGGAGAAACUAAGGGAAAUCACCGAACGUUUGGAGGAACACCAGGACCACAAGACCUGCCAGGACCCCCAUCUUGACUCCCAGCUCACCCAAAGCCGAGGCUCAGCCCAGCAUCUCGCGCUGCCGCUUCACAGCCGGACCAGGCAAAGCCCGCGCUUUGCUCAGGAGACGGAGAACAUUUGCAGGCUUUUGGCCGCUCGCUUUCAGCUUGCACUAAACAUCAUACAAAGCUGUCGAGAAAAACUUCAAACCAGCACCACAAUUGAGUUGACUGACUUUGAGAGGAGACUAUCAGCUGUUGAGACAUGUCUUCAGCAAGGACAGCAUGAUGCAGAAAAACAACAACAUGCAUCUUUUAAUGCCUACGAAGUGGAGGACAAAAUCCCCAGUGAUGUAUUGGCCGAAGCUGAGAGCAGCAUUAAUGCAAAUGGGGAACUCACCAACACAGUACAUUCAGAGGACAUCAUAAGUGUUGGGCAGUGCUUGAUGAGAGAAUUAGUGUUAGUCGAAAAAAUGUUGGCAGCCCUAAAGAGUUCAAAUGAGCAACUCAAGUUUUUAGUGCCAAGAAAAGAUGGUAUGAGUGUGGCACAAAGGUACAAACUCAUCAUCUCCCAAAUUCUGACCUUAAAUAAGACUAAUUUAGAGGGACGAGAAGAAAGCAAAGACCACAAAAUCAUCAUUAGAGCCUGUGUUGAAGCAGAGUUCAUUUAUACUGCCUUUAAAAUCCAGCAGCAAUAUCAGAAUGAGUCCCAAGGGUACAAAAGCGAAGGUCCUGCAGACACCAGCCCUCCAGAUUUCUCUUCCUAUGAAGGGCAGGAGAAUAAAGAGGAUGUGGUUUUAGAGUUAACAGCAGCUCUUCAAUCUGAGGACAUGGCACCUUGGUUCGAGCGACUUAUAACUAGGCUACAAAGAAGAGCUAAAGUUUUGGGGCAACUCAGUCAGGAGGUCACUUGUACGGUGGACAACUGUGAAACAGCCCCUGGAGUGGACCUGAACUGGAUGCAGGAGCAAGCAAAGCUGCUUUAUUUGACAGACAGGCUGUACUUAGAUUUGGAGCAGGAGCAGCAGCGAUGCGUAGUGUUGCAGGACAAACUGCAGGCUUUGUGCAAACAGCAGGUUGCCUCAUUAACGGAUGAGCGGGAGGCUUUUAAUCACACCUUAUGUGAACUCCAGAAGGACAACAGAGCAUUGAAAGAGGAACUGGAGCAUGCUGAGGACAAGAUAAUAUCCAUGGAGACCGGAAACCAGAGACUCCAGGAAAACAAACAGAGAAUUGAGGAUUACCAUAGGGAAAGAAUGCAAAAACUGGAAGCCGAGUUUCAAAUGAAGAUAAAGGAACAGAGGCAGAUCCACGAAGAGGAGAUGAAACAUUUGCAUGAACACCACAUGAGAUAUUUUGUUUCAAAAGAAAAACACACUGCAGACUGCAAAGACACGCCUUCAUUGCAUAAAGGCAGCUCAUCCCCAACAGAGCAGCAAGAAGCUUGCCUUGACUUUGAAAAUCAUCAGGUCUUCUGUGGUGAGCAUUUCACUGGCAUGGAGGAAAUGCACAGGAAGUUGAUAGCAGAGCUGCAGCAGCAACAUGAGAAACAAGUGGAAGAACUUCUACAGGAAAAGGAGCAGCUGAUACAGGAAGAGACAACUACCGCAAUAGCAUAUAUUGCUGCAAUGAGGAGAGUCCAUAAAGUUGACCCGGAGAGCGGUCGACAGCCUCAACAUGCGUAUGAGAGUGAUGACAUCACACAGAUGCACAAUGAAUAUCAAAAGGCGAUGGAGUUAUUGAAUAAGGAGCUGGAGAUGUUGUCACUUCAGCACACUCAAAAAUGCCUCGAGAACUCUCAGCUGAGAGGCGAGCUGCAAUUUGGGAGAAAUUUCUUCAGGAAGCAGAGAGAAAGCCCAGAGAUUAAACCAAAGCAGUCAAGUUUGCAGGCGAGGGAGACUGAGAUACACCUCCUAAGACAAGAACUAUUUUCUCUCAGGGAAGAGUUGAAGAUUGCCCGAACGAGCAAGAUGAAGGACUUUUAUGAAAACAACCAUGCUGAUUCCUAUCAAGAUGUCAAGGCACUAAGUGAAGAUGUUCGGUUUGCCAACCUGUCUUCCAGUAGAGUCGGAGCUGGACAAAAGCCUGAUGUCAAUGCUGCGAACAAAAACAACGCUGCGUUCGUGAAGAAAACUGACAAACCUUCUCUCCUGCGUCGGCUUAGAGCAGUAAGGUCAAAGAGUUUGAAAGAGGGCCUUUCUGGACAAGAAAGGCUGAAGCUGUUUGAUUCAUUUUGAUCAUCCAGGGAUGAUUACAAUGCAAAAAUGUUGCACAUGCAUCCUAUACAGUGCAGAGAUGACCUGCUUUCCUUCCCAUUUGAAUAUGCAUUGUCUCGGUGUUUUACAGCACUGAAAAAUAAAAAAAAUAACUGUGAUUAACAUAUUUUA